AUGCUCUGUAAACUUUUUCAGCACACCUGCUUUGCCUUGACUCUUAUUGCCUUGGCUAGAGAUAUUGAGUCAAAUCCUGGCUACCUGACAUUCGAUGGUAUUAAGACCACUCGAGGUCUCAAGAUUACUCACUUGAAAAUCACUCUUUGCAUCUCGAGGGAAUUGACAACAAGACCAUCAACGCACUUUGUCUGAAACUUGGUUGGACAGCUCUACAAGCGAUGUGGAAAUUAAACUUCCUGGGUUUGUGUGUGUUAGACAAGACCGCAUUGGAGAGAAAGAAGGAUAUGGUAGUGUUACAAUUUAUAUCAGGGAAGGAUCAGCAUUUCGUCUACGGAAUGACAUUAACACUGGCAGCCAGGAAUGUUUAUGGAUUGAGUUGA